UUUCCCUAUUUGUUUGGGUGAUAGGUUGUGUAGGUUUUCUUUUUGUUUACUCCAAUUUUCAUACCUCUAAACAGUGAUAACUUUCUCGUUUAGGGUAUCUUUGUUGGGAGAUCUAAGGUGCUGAUUCUCGCCUGGGUUCUUUCCAUGUCUGAGCCAGGGCCAAAUAAGAUGGCGGGUGAAACCAAUGCCACAGAGUUUGGUGACACGACUUACACCAAGAUAUUUGUCGGAGGUUUGGCUUGGAAGACUAAAACAGAGACCUUGAAACGUUAUUUUGAGCAGUUCGGAGGGAUAAUAGAAGCUGUAGUUAUUAAUGAUAAAAGUACAGGAAGAUCAAAAGGUUAUGGCUUUGUGACGUUCAAGGAUGCUGAUUCAGCGAUGAGGGCUUGCUAUAAUCAAUUUCCUGUGAUUGAUGGAAGAAGAGCAAACUGUAAUAUUGCAUCUUUUGGUGCUCAAAAGAAUCAUCCAACUUCUGCCUCACCGCGUGUUACAGUGAUGGAGAAAUUUAUCCCACCACCUCGAGUCAUGGCACCUUCCAGGGCUGGUACUCUGGCAUUUCACCGUCAACUUAUCCCGCAAUACGCAUUUCCUUAUUCCGCUCACGGGUAUCCAGGUUAUACACAGUACAUUCAUCCAAUGAACUAUUACAAUGUAUACGAAGGGCAACACUUCCAAUCCCAUUAUACCACCGCGACAUCUGGAUCCCCUGGAGUCUACUUGACUUACUUCCCACUCUAUCCCCAGCAUGGACAGAGCAGCCCAAGUCAGUAUCCCAAAAUCACACCGUAUCCUUACUCAUCUCAGCAGUACCUCUCAUUUGGAACCUUAACACUUCCUCCAUCAGCCUCUCCAUCAUUGGUUGCUCCUACCGCUGCACCAGCCACAGUAGAAGUUACCGGCAUGCCAGGAACUUCUGCGCAAAAUUUAUCAGUGUAAUGCCAGUGACUCGAAUUAAAAUUUCAUAACUGGGGUCUGUAGGAAACACUGGAAAUGAUACAAACAAAGAAGUCAACUGAAUACUCUCUACAAGCAGAAAAGAAAGGGAAGGCGUUUUACAUUUUACUUUUUUCACAAAAUCACACCUCAAUAUGGCAAAGACUAGAGAAGCAUUCAAGACUAAAUGACAGAAUAAGUUUUUUUUUUUUUUUUGACAUUUUUAGCUUUGCUAUUUGGAUAUAUAUUCUUUUUGACAUGCCACAUUUUACACACUUUUCUCUACCCUUUUAGGGAAUACAUUUAGAGGUCAUUUAGUUCGAAAAAAGGUUAGAUUAU